GGGGCGUGGAGGCAACCAGGAUCAGCCAGGGGCCAGCAUGAGCCGGAGGGAGGGCAGUCUGGAGGACCCCCAGGCUGACUCCUCAGCCUCACCCCUUCCCCACUUGGAGGCCAAGAUCCAACAGACACACAGCCUUGCCCGCCUCCUCACCAAAUAUGCUGAGCAGCUUCUCCAGGAAUAUGUGCAGCACCAGGGAGACCCCUUCGGGCUGCCCGGCUUCUCGCCCCCGCGGCUGCCGGUGGCCGAUCUGAGCGACCCGGCCCCGGGCCACGCUGGCCUGCCAGUGCCCGAGCGACUGCGGCUGGACGCCGCGGCGCUGGCCGCGCUGCCGCCGCUGCUGGACGUCGUGCGCCGCCUCCAGGGCGAGCUGAACCCGCUCGCGCUGCGCCUGCUGGGGCGUUUGGAGGACGCGGCGCGCCAGGUCCGGGCUCUGGGCGCCGCGGUGGAGGCCGUGCUGGCCGCGCUGGGGGCCGAGAGUCGCGCGCCCCGGCCUGAACCCGCGGCCGCCACAGUCGCCGCAGCCACUGCCUCCGCAGGCGUCUUCCCGGCCAAAGUGCUGGGGUUCCGUGUGUGCGGCCUCUACCUCGAGUGGGUGAGCCGCACUGAGGCCGACCUGGGCCAGCUGGCGCCCGGGGGCCCGGCCUGAGCGCCCGGCGCGCGGCCCAACUCUCGGUGCCCUCCCGGCCGUCUCCGUCUGUCCCCAUCUCUGUCAGCGUCUCUCUGACCUCCGACUGCUUCUGUCUCUGUUUUCUUUGGACGCUUCUCCAUCUCUUUUUCUCUCUGGGUCCUUCUUGUCUCCCUCUACGACUUCCCGUAUCUGUCAUGUCCUUGCUCCCCCGAGUUUCUCCACCGCUUGCAUCUGCCUCUCUGAGCAUCUCUGUCUUCCCGUGUCCUGUUUCCUCUUGGCCCGCUGUCACCUGUGCAUAUCUCCACCUCAUCUCAAGGAAGGGACACCUGUCACUCUGUUUGCCUCUGUCCUUCUCUCUGUCGUGUCCUGGCCAGGAACACGCCUGUUGGCCCUGUGGUGGAAGGGCUACUCCAGACAGAUUUCAGCCACCUUCGCCCGGGGUCACUCCACCUGCUGCUCUCCCGUCCCCCAUCCCACCCCUUGUGGCCCUGCCGCCUCUCCCUUUGAUGCCCUCCACCCCUUCCCCUCCCUCUGCCCUAAUCCACACCUUCCCUUCUCCUCAAGUCAGGUUUAUGGAGACAAAAAAAAAAAAAA